ACUUUACUUCAUGCUACGAUAACUUGUCUACGAGCACAUCUUCCUGUUGAUACUCUAUGCAUUCUGAAGACGCAGUCAUUUGAAGCGAGAUUGGUCCCGUUAUGUAAGGAUAUCCCGAAUCUUAAACAUAUCUUCAUGUUCCGUAAGAAAGCCUUGUUCUCUGUGGAGAAAGCGUGCAGGCGUGCCGAAUUUCUGUAUUUAUUGUUGUUGGAGCUUUACAAAUAUUCGCCAUUCUUAUCUCGCUGCCUCGGCACAUUGGUUGCUGGUGAAGGGAAAUGGGUGAGAAAGCUUCGCCCACAAGAUAUGAGGGGCCAAUCAGCCAUAAUACUAGCCUCACCUCUGUCUCAUUACGAAAAGAACAAGGAAAUGUAUUGUCAUCCUAUAGUGUGGUUCCACGAGGUAAUUCAUGAGACGGAAAAUGUGCUGACAUCAGUCUUCAAUGAGCUCGGAAUUCCACUAUCCUGUGUUGCUGACGCUGUUGAGUGCAAGAAGAUCGAUUCUCAGCAGGGAACCUUCCUUUCUCAACAAAGUCUAGAACAAGUCGAGGUACCACCAAUAUCGAAGGAAGAUCGAGCUCUACUCGACAGUUAUGCGAAGAGGAUGGGCGUUCCGGAGGACGUGUUUGAAACCGACUAA